AUGACAUAUUUAUUAUGCUGUCUAGCUUGCCUUAUCUCGUAUGUCCAGCUGCUCUCAUCACCAAACAUUGCUUUUGCUUCUUCUCUUGAAGCAGAGGCUCUUCUCAAAUGGAAAGCUAGCUUUCAAAAUCAAACCAAGAAUAAUCUGACCUCAUGGGCUUACCAUCCAAAAGUAAAUAUAAUCCCAUGCAACGUUUGGACUGGUAUUUCAUGCAACACUGCUGCAAGUGUCAACAGGAUCAACCUCACCAAUUCUGGGAUACAAGGUACGCUAUAUGAAUUUCCAUUCCUGUCCCUCCCUAAUCUCGAAUACAUUGACCUCAGCUUGAACCAACUCUUUGGUGCCAUCCCAUCUCAGAUAAGUUCCCUCUCCAAACUCAUCUAUUUUGACCUUUCUUAUAAUCAGUUGUCUGGGAGAAUCCCACCAGAAAUUGGUCUUCUAAAUAAUCUUCAAGCCCUGCACCUAAAUACGAACCAAUUAAAUGGCUCAAUUCCUCAAGAAAUAGGAAAUUUGAAGUCUCUAGUGGAAUUAUGCAUUGAUGAUAACCAUCUAUCCGGUCCAAUCCCGUCAUCAUUAGGUGAUCUAACAAACCUUACCCGUCUCUGUCUCUUUAAAAAUAAUCUUUCUGGCACAAUUCCAAAAGAGAUAGGGAAUUUGAAAUCUAUUUUGGUGCUAGAGUUGAGCCAGAAUCAAUUCAAUGGUUCCAUCCCCACUUCACUUGGUGACUUGAGCAACCUAGAAAUCUUAUUCCUACGCGAUAACCAACUUUCUGGCUCCAUCCCCCAAGAGAUUGAGAAUCUCAUGAAGUUGACUGUGCUGGAACUCGACACUAACAAUUUUUCUGGUUAUUUGCCACAAAAUAUUUGCCAAGGCGGAUCACUACAAAAGUUUACGGUAAACUCCAACCAUUUCAUAGGUACAAUCCCCAAAGGUUUGCAAAAUUGCAAGAGCUUAGUGAGAGUUCGUCUUGAAGGGAACCAACUAACGGGCAAUAUAUCUGAAAACUUUGGUGCCUAUCCAAAUCUUCAUUUUAUUGACCUGAGCCAUAAUAACUUGCACGGUGAAAUCUCACAGCUCUGGGGACAGUGCCCGCAAUUAGCAACACUACGAAUUGCGGGGAACAAGCUUACUGGUAGUAUACCACCUGAGAUUAGCCAUGCAACCCAAAUUCAUGUAUUGGAUCUUUCUUCCAAUAGUUUAGUAGGGGUGAUUCCCAAGGACUUUGGGAGAUUGACUUCUUUGGUGAAUUUGAUGUUGAAUGGAAAUCAACUUUGGGGUCCUAUACCCUCAGAAUUUGGAUCACUGACUGAUAUUGAAUAUCUUGACUUGUCCACCAACAAAUUCAAUGAGCCAAUUCCAGGCAUUUUAGGCAACUUGCUCAAAUUAAACUACUUGAAUUUGAGAAACAACAAGUUCAGUCAAGAAAUUCCAUUUCAGUUGGGGAAGUUAGUUCAUCUGUCCCAACUUGAUCUAAGUCAUAACUCACUUGGGGGUAAGAUACCAUCAGAAAUGAGCAGUAUGCAAAGCUUGGAGAAGUUGAAUCUUUCCUACAAUAAUCUUACAGGUCUCAUUCCAACAACUUUUGAUGAAAUGCAUGGCCUGUAUGACAUCGACAUAUCCUACAAUCAACUGCAGGGUCCAAUCCCCAACAACAAAGCAUUUCAAAAUGCUCUAAUGGAAGGGAAUAAUGGAUUGUGUGGCGACGUUGGAGGACUAAAACCCUGCAAUCAUUCUGUGGAGCAUAAGCAUACCUCAAGGAAGGCGUUCUUAAUCAUUUUCCCUAUCUUGGGAACACUAUUACUUGCUUUCCUGGCUUUUGUUUUGAUUGGAAGAAGAAGAAGUAGAAGAAGGCAAGAACAGGAAAUCGAACAGAUGCAUGAAAGUUUUUUCUCAAUAACUAAUUUUGACGGAAGAAAAAUGUAUGGACAAAUCAUGGAAGCAACCAAUGGUUUUGAUGUCGUCCAUUGCAUCGGGAAGGGAGGACAGGGAAGUGUCUACAAGGCAAAGCUCCCAUCAGGCAGCAUUGUUGCAGUGAAGAAAUUCCAUAGAACACUUGAUGGUGAGGAGGCAUCUCGGAAGGAGUUCUUUAAUGAAAUAAGGGCCUUAACUCAGAUACGACACCGAAACAUUGUGAAGUUUCUUGGCUUUUGUUCAAGUUCCCAUCACUCGUUUUUGGCCUAUGAGUAUCUGGAAAAAGGUAACUUGGCAGCAAUCUUGAGCAACGAGCAUGAAGCUAAAAAGUUGGACUGGAGUACAAGGGUGAGAAUCGUAAAGGGUGUAGCUCAUGCUUUGUGUUAUAUGCAUCAUGAUUGUGCGCCACCUAUCGUGCAUCGAGACAUAACAAGCAGCAACAUUUUGCUGCAUUGUGACUAUGAGCCUUGCGUUUCGGACUUUGGCACUGCUAAGCUUUUGAAUCCAGACUCGUCGAAUUGGACUGCUCUUGUAGGCACAUAUGGAUAUGUAGCACCAGAGCUGGCUUAUACAAUGAAGGUAACAGAAAAAUGUGAUGUUUAUAGCUUUGGAGUGCUGGCACUGGAAGUGAUUAUGGGAAAGCAGCUAGGCAAUUUCGUCUCCUCCUUUUCGUUUCCAUCCACCACCUAUGCAAACAUAUUUCUCAAGGAUGUGUUGGACCAAAGCCUUCCACCUCCUACACCUCAACUUGAAGAUGAACUCAUAACCAUUGCAAGGCUAUCAAUUGCAUGCAGACAUUCCCACCCACAAUCGAGGCCAACAAUGCACAUGGUUUCUCAGGCUUUAUCGUUCCCAACUGCUUCUUCCAAUAGAAGAUCAAAUGAUAUUACCCUUGAACAACUCAUUAUGAUCUGAAUUGCGUGUGCCAUAUGUAUAUUGUAGUCAUUUGAGUACUUCUUUUCAUAUAAACUUUAUCAUGUGUAUUGUUGAUUUUUGUAUCACAGUAGCUGGUGUAACCAGAUUAUCCUCUU